UAACUUCACUGCAUCCGUGUUGCUGUUUUGGCAUCAGUUGGGGUGUGUAAGAGAGGAGAGGGAGGUCAACAUGGGCUCCAGCUCCUCCUCCUAUGCGCCCAAGUCCAUCUAUCUGGAUGUGGAUGGCAAAGUGCAAAAGGUGGUUUUCAGUCGACACUGUAGUCCUUGUGACAUCAAGGAGCUUUUAUGUUCCUCUUCAAACAUCCCCAGGCACACUGCCAUCAUGAUGGUGGAUCCAGAAGGUGCUUUAGUCUCCAUAGAUCCCACGAUGCCCACCAACACUCCAAGCUCACUGUACAAAGUGGUCCCGCUGUCUACUGGCCAACUUGGAGAGAAGGAAGACAUGUUCCAGAACGUGUUGUCCCAGGUGGCUGAUCAGUUCAGCAGAGCUUUUCGGAUAAAUGAACUGAAGACUGAGGUGACGAACAGGCUGGCGAUGCUGGAGAAGAGAGUGGAACUGGAGGGACUGAAGGUGGUGGAAAUCGAGAAGUGCAAGAACGAUCUGAAGAAGCUGAGAGAUGAGAUGACGUCCAGGGGCGGCGGCAGGUCAAACUGCCCGUGCAAAUACAACUUCUCCGACGAUGGGAAGAAGGUCACUCCCAGACGAGACGUGCCCAACUAUCCGAAGUACACACUCUCUCAAGAGACCAUUGAGGCGUUGAAGAAGCCCACCUUUGAUGUCUGGCACUGGGAGCACAAUGAGAUGCUGAGCUGUCUGGAGUACAUGUACCAUGACUUGGGUCUAGUGAAAGAGUUUAACAUGAACCCCAUCACCCUGAAGCGCUGGCUGCUGGCAAUUCAAGAAAACUACCGCAACAACCCUUUCCACAACUUCCGCCACUGUUUUUGCGUCAGCCAGAUGAUGUACGGCAUGAUCCACCUCUGCAACCUGCAGGAGAAACUGACCCUGACAGACAUGGGCAUUCUCAUGACAGCUGCAGUGUGUCAUGACCUGGACCACCCUGGCUACAACAACACGUAUCAAAUCAACGCGCGCACGGAGCUCGCCGUGCGCUACAACGACAUCUCCCCUCUGGAGAACCACCAUUGUGCCGUCGCUUUUCAGAUCCUCUCGCUUCCUGAGUGUAACGUCUUUGCUAACGUGGAUCCAGAGGCCUUCAAACAGAUCCGACAGGCGAUCAUCACCCUGAUCCUGGCCACUGAUAUGGCUCGGCACGGAGAGAUUCUGGACUCCUUCAAGCAAAAAGUGGACAACUUUGACUUCACCAAUGAGGAGCAUGUGACCUGUCUGAAAAUGGUCUUAAUCAAGUGCUGUGACAUUUCGAACGAGGUGAGGCCGACCGAAGUGGCUGAGCCAUGGGUGGAUUGUCUGCUGGAGGAGUACUUCAUGCAGAGCGACAGGGAGAAGUCCGAAGGUCUUCCCGUCGCUCCCUUCAUGGACCGAGACAAAGUCACGAAACCCACGGCUCAGAUCGGAUUCAUCAAGUUCGUCCUGAUUCCCAUGUUUGAAACAGUCAUGAAGCUUUUCCCUCAAAUCGAGGAGAUCAUGGUGCAGCCUCUGAGGGACUCGCGCGAUCACUACGAGGAGUUGAAGCAAAUCGAUGAUGCCAUGACAGAGGCACAGAAGAAAAAAACUGAAAAUAUGUCAUUAGGCGGGAAGAAGAAGUAAGCUCUGCAGUGAAUGAGUGCUGUAUCUGGUGUCCGUGGGUCUUCCUUUAUGAUCAAAACCAGGAGAGACUUUAAGAGAACAUGACUGGAGGCUUGGUGUCCAGAAGACGACGCAGUGAGGCUCCAUCCAACUCCACGUAGAUAUGGAGACACCACUUAGUGAGAUAGAAUGCAUGUAGCCAAAGAGGAGAGGAGUUGACAUCACUCUGUCUUUAUGUCUUUUAUUUAUUGACUAGAGCUGAAAGCCUUUGGAGGAGAAUCCAAGAUGGAGUCCAUUUUGUGGUGUUUGUUGAAGGUGUUUAGGGUAUUUCAUAUUUCAAGUUUUCCAAGCAGGUUCUGGACGGUGCCUUCACGUGGAUACUGUCUGGAAUAAUUGUGCUUUGACUCCCCUGGACUUGGACAGUCAGGCAGAGAAACUGAGUUAAUAUCCAUGAAGUACAAAUAUUUGAAAAAUUCCCAAACAUUUUCAGAUGAGUCUCGCUCCUUUGGGUUAAACUUGAACUGGGUGGAAGAACAAAUCUGUUAUUCAACUCUAGGUUCGCUCAGAAGUGAAAUUUCCCUCCCUGUUUCUUUGGUCUACUUCAAGUGUCCUCGGCUCGAUGGUGUAGAGAAAUAGUUUCCCAGUUCCGUCCCCCCCCCCCCUCAGCGCCGGCUGCUCUCCUUCCCGCCAGUCUGCGGUGUUUUAUUGUGUUUAUUUUGCGUCCAGCUUGAUGGUUGGUCUCACACACACACAUGCACACACUUGUAGCGAUAAUACGAGUAACGCACUGUGUGACUCACCAAAGAUGUUGUCUAUAUGGUUUUCAGUUUGUUGUGCAGCCAACAUCCAGUAUGACUUUAUUUUUUUGUCACCACAAAAAUAUCAGCUCAAAAGGUUUUUCAAAAAUUCUUUCAAAAUGAGGUGGGUUUUGGCCGCAAAAUUGUAAAUUGAUGUUCCGAAGCAAUAAACAAAAACAAAUCCGCUAAUGUUUGUCCACUUAUUU